GUUACAAAUACUUGACCAGUCUCCAGGGGUGGGGUUUCCAACCCUUUAAACAACCCUGUUCCCUGUUAUCAAGCUAACUUUUUGCUCUCAGUGCCAGAAUUGAUUGUGCUAAGACAUCUUUCACUGAGAAAUAAAUAAAAUGGAACAUAAUGGGUCUGCUUCAAAUGCUGAUAAAAUCCACCAGAAUCGCCUGUCGAGUGUGACAGAAGAUGAAGACCAAGACGCUGCUUUUACCAUCGUGACUGUGCUGGACAAAGUAGCUGCCAUCGUGGACAGCGUGCAGGCCAGCCAGAAGAGGAUAGAAGAGAGACACAGGGAGAUGGAAAAUGCCAUAAAGUCCGUCCAGAUUGACCUGCUGAAGUUUUCACAGUCACACAGCAACACAAGUUAUGUCAUUAACAAGUUGUUGGAGAAAACACGAAAGAUCAGUGCUCACAUUAAAGAAGUGAGGGCCCGAGUGGAGAAGCAACAAACUCACGUCAAAAAAGUUGAAACCAAGCAAGAGGAAAUAAUGAAGAAGAACAAAUUCCGUGUGGUAAUAUUCCAGGAGGAUAUUCAGUGUCCAACGUCCCUGUCUAUCAUGAAAGACAGAAGCUUGACUGCUGAGGGUCCAGAGGAGGAGGACGAUAUCUUCGAUCCCCCAGUUGAUCUGUCUUCGGACGAAGAAUAUUAUGUUGAAGAGAGCAGAUCUGCCAGGCUUAAAAAGUCAGGCAGGGAGCGCAUUGAUAAUAUCAAAAAGGCCUUUUCCAAAGAAAACAUGCAGAAGACACGGCAGAAUUUUGACAAGAGAGUGAACAGAAUUAGGACUAGAAUAGUGACACCAGAGAGGAGAGAGCGGCUAAGGCAGUCGGGGGAGAGGUUAAGGCAGUCGGGCGAGAGGCUGAAGCAGUCAGGGGAAAGGUUUAAGAAAUCUAUUUCUAAUGCAGCUCCUUCAAAGGAAGCUUUUAAGAUGCGUAGCCUUCGGAAAACUAAAGACCGCGCUGUGGCCGAAGGUCCCGAAGAGGUCAGGGAGAUAGGGGUGGACAUCAUUGCCAGGAGCGAGUCUCUGGGCCCCAUCAGUGAGCUGUACACCGAGGUGCUCAGUGAAACAGACCCCGAGGAGGCCAGAGCCUCGCAUCCUCCCCGAGAAGGCGGGGAAAUCUCGGCUCCCGAGCCUUUAAAAGUUACUUUUAAACCCCAGGUGAAAGUAGAGGAUGACGAAUCUCUUUUGCUAGAUUUAAAGCAGUAAUUAUAAAGAGGAAUUAAGUAUAUUAUAAUUGUCAGUCUCCUUAAUCACACAGUUUUAGUUUAAUUAGUGUAGUCAUUUACAUGUAUAUGCCAUAUAGGAAAACAUAAAUGGUAUGGCUGUCUCAUUUCUGAGGUUUAAAAUUUUAAAGGUAAUACAAUUAUUAAUAUACAUUUCCUUAAUUAAUAUACACUUCCUGGGGAAUUCUUUUUUUUUCCUCCCUUGGGGAAUUUCUUUUUUCCCCUCCCCCAGGACUUAAUGAUUCUAUCAGCUUUCUCUCUUAGGUCACCUCUCAUGGCAGCUGUGGAUUUUUAAGUUCCUUUCUCUUGCCCAUCAGAAAAAUACUUUCCUGGUGAGGCCCAAUUCGGUGUUUGGUAGUCUACAAUAAAUGAAGGCCAAAUUUAUGGCCAUCAUUUAUUUGCAAGUGAACUCUCGAUUUUGGUCUAGAUUAAUAUUGUGGCCAAGCUCAAAGGGGAAUAAGUCACAUGUGGAUUUUAUCUAUAUGUUCAAAUCAAUAGAUUUUUUAGUAAAUUAGCAGUCACACCCCUUUUUGAUGCUUUUGCAUAAAAACAUUGAAGUGCUGGACUUCAGCAUUUAGUUCUGGCAUCACAGCUUUGCUUACAGGGAGCCACUUGGCAAGUCGUCUAAUGGUCUGGUCAGUACAAUGGAGAGGGUUCGCCUGUCCUACCCAUCUCAGAGGACUGUUGUGAAGAUAAGGAAAUGUUAUACAUUCUGGGAGAACAAGAGCUAUUUCCAGAGAAAACAAACCCCACCGGUUCCUCAAAAGCAGAAUCGAAAUAACUCCAUCUUCUGAAAAAGUCCUGAGCUCCAAGCAGUGAGGACCUAGGUCAGACAGACACUAAAGUUGGUCUUCAGAAGCGUUUUCACAGAAUCAGGAAUCAAAAGUCAAUGUUUGGGUGACAUCUUUUUUGUCAAAGACUAAAACCAGACCUUGGGUUUGAGUUGGGUCUUCAAACGUUUCCUGGAAAAUUCUUUUCUGAUUUUCUUCUGAUUCAGAUCUCUGGUAGACCGGAGCAGCAUUGUUUUGAGCAGCAUGAAGCCUGCAACUGUGGCUGUGUCUUCUAGAGGCCUUUCUAAAGUCAGCCCUUGUGCAGUGCUUGGAGAUGACCUCAGAUGCUUAUGAUUUCCAGAGUGAACCCCUCAGGGCCCAUCUGUCCAAAACAGCGUUCUUAGGAGUUCAUCAUAACUGCUUUGGGAGGAAGCCAGAUUCCACUUAUUUGUUAGCUGUAGAUCUAGCCAAUCUAGAAGUAGAUAUUAUUGCUAAAGAAAGAGAAAUGGUCAUACUGGUCCUGCACUUGUGUAUGUUUAAAUCUUCUGGUUUGUAAAAGGGAAGAAAUGAUGGAAUUGUGGAAUUUGAAGAGUUUGGACAGCAGUCAGCUUUCAGUCAGUUUUGGAUGCUCAAGUAGUAAUUAAAAAUUGUAAUGUAUACACACACACACACACACACACACACAAAUCAGCUUUAAAAUAUUUAACUCAGUUACCCAGCUGUUUGGGUUUGAGAGUUUGAUUCAGCAUCAUUUCCUCUUCACUCUGCGUGAAUACAUAAAAUCAUGAAUUGUUAAUCUCAUUAUCUUUUUUAUUGAAAACUAAAGUGUAUACAGCUUUGAACAAUACUUUAAAAGGAAUAAUUUUUAAAAUGUUACAGUUUAGAAAGAGCUUGGAUGCCUAAUCACACAUUUCCUUAAAGCCAUAAUAAAUUUGAAUUUAAAAAAGACAUUAUUACAAAGUUUGAUGUCAGUGUCCUAUUUGUAAAUAUUUUUACUAAUAAUGAAUGCAAACAGUAUGGCAUGUAGUUGAUAUAGUAACCCUACUCAUAAUAGAUAUGUUUCUAGGUUAAGCAGAAUGUAAAGAAGUUAUAUGCUUUUUUUUUUCUGGCCCUACAGAGGAUAAAUAUCAAUUGAGCAAAAUAUCACUGUCAAGGAAUUUUUGUAAAGUCCAUUUGCUUACUGACCCAUUAUAUAAGCAGACUUGAUAUGUUAUGGAACAUUUCCCACAUAGGUAUGUUUGAAUUUUGAUUUAGAAGGCAUUAUAGCCUGGUCAGCUCUUCAUCAUGGUAGGCGCUGAACAAUUUCAUGUUCCCAGAGGUUCAUUAUCACUUACACUGCUUUCUUGGCACUAGGAUUUUCCCCUCUGUGUCACUUCUGUCUCUCAACAUUUCCCCCCGUGUUUAGAGCAUUCCUCAAUUCCACAUUCAUGAUUUUUUCUCCUUUCACCCCAUUCUCUUGACGUAAAGAAUGUCUGUUUAUUAUAGGCUGCAGAAUCAUACAUCUUCAUUUAAUGCAAGGAAUAGUCUAGUCAACAUUCUCUAUUUUUAAAGUUUCAGACAACACAGAUUUUCUGCUCAUUUUACUCUUCUGUGUUUUUGAAAUUAUAUGUUAGAUUUUAAACAGUUUAUUGAAAUAAAACCAUUAGCAGGAUUUGUCCCCUUUUCUUUCCGUGAGGCAGAACAGUGCAACAUCCAUAGACACCCAGGGCAUGGAGCCCGCACUCAGGCUCUACUACAGAAUAGACAGGCGAGAAGAGGGAAGUGCAACUCUGUCUCCUGCACGUGAUGGAUCCAGAGGCUUUCCUCUCAGGGUCUAUGGUGGCCUGGUUCUGGGUCAUAGGUUAGAGAAAAGGGCCCAGUGUGAAAUAGUGAUAAGAGGAGCAUGAAAAUUCAGCUUGUUGAGAACAUAUUUGUGGUGUGUGUAAACUCCCUUGAACAAGUUUUCGUAAAUUAAAAAUUCAAACCAAACUACAGUA